GUUUGCGUGCAGCUGGAGUGGAGUCACAGGUGAAGGCUCUCAGUCGCGAGGAGUCGAAACUGAGAACCAAAGAGAGCCUUCCGGUGAGGCGGUGGCAAAACCGCGACAGCUUCCUGCCGGCGGCGUACUCUAAUUUCCCUGACAGCUGUAGAACUACGAUCCCUUCAUCUCUUCACUGCUGGUCUCAGUUGUAUUUCAUUAUUGCUGUACAUCACCUGCGAUUAUCUAUGGGAUGAAAUCUGAUACAUAAUUCUCAUGAUUGCUGCCACCUCCUUUAAUUGAUUGGUCACUGCUAUAUUGGGUUCAGAAAAUAUGAAUAAUAAUGCUGAAAGACCACUUAAUGGGGACGUAGAAGAAGAUGAUGAUGAGGAUGAAGCAAAUGGUAGAGGUCUUGAUGCGUGGGAGAGAACUUAUGCAGAGGAUAGGUCAUGGGAAUCUUUGCAAGAGGAUGAAUCUGGAAUGCUUCGUCCAAUAGAUAAUAAAGCCAUUUACCAUGCGCAGUAUCGCAGGCGCCUUCGCGCUCUGGCUUCAACAGCAGGUGCUGCUCGGAUUCAGAAAGGCCUUAUUCGCUACCUGUAUAUUGUCAUUGACCUGUCUAAGGCAGCUGCAGAGACAGACUUUCGUCCGUGUAGGAUGGCUGUGAUAGGGAAACAAGUUGAGGCAUUUAUCAGGGAAUUUUUUGAUCAGAACCCACUGAGUCAUGUUGGUCUUGUGACCGUAAAGGAUGGAGUUGCCCAUUGCUUAACAGAACUUGGUGGCAGUCCUGAGUCCCAUAUUAAAGCUUUGAUGUGUAAAAUGGAAUGCUCAGGUGAUCCUUCCCUGCAAAAUGCACUAGACCUUGUUCAUGGCUAUCUAGAUCAAAUUCCAUCAUAUGGUCAUCGAGAGGUUCUGAUCCUAUAUUCAGCUCUUAAUACUUGUGAUCCUGGUGAUAUAAUGGAAACCAUCCAGAAAUGCAAAAAGGGUAAAAUAAGAUGCUCAGUCAUUGGUCUUGCUGCUGAAAUGUUUAUAUGCAAACAUCUUUGUCAGGAAACUGGAGGAACAUACUCUGUUGCAAUGGAUGAGGCCCACUUGAAAGAGUUAAUCCUGGAGCAUGCGCCACCGCCUCCGGCAAUAGCAGAGUAUGCUACUGCUAGUUUAAUCAAGAUGGGUUUUCCUCAAAGAGCAGCUGAGGGUUCCAUUGCAAUUUGUACAUGUCAUGAAGUGGCUAAGGAAGGUGGUGGAUACACCUGUCCAAGAUGCAAAGUACGUGUUUGUGAGCUUCCCACUGAGUGUCGUGUCUGUGGAUUGACUCUUAUCUCUUCGCCCCAUUUGGCAAGGUCCUAUCAUCAUCUCUUCCCAAUAGUGCCUUUUGACGAGCUGUCUCCAUCAUCUCGAAAUGACCCCCGUCAGAAGCUUCCCAACUCUUGUUUUGGCUGUCAACAAAGUCUUCUUAAUCCGGUAACAUUGUUUACUCAAUUUCUUUGCAACAUCUCUGCCCUACUGGUUGUGGUACAGGAAACAAGCCCGGCCUCUCUGUUGUUUGCCCCAAAUGCAAACAGCACUUCUGCCUUGAUUGUGACAUCUACAUUCAUGAGAGUUUGCAUAACUGCCCAGGUUGUGAGAGCUUCAGGCAUUCUAAGAUGGUCGCUGCAGAAUGAUUGCCAACCUCCUCUCUUCCAUAGCAUCACUAUCUAAAAGAUUCUCCGUUGUCUCGUUCUCAUGGCCUUGCAGCAAUAAGUGGCAUGGACUUGAAGGGCUUGAUGAUAGGUGCUGAUACAAUGCUGACAGAUUAAUAUUUGUCCAUACGCUCUUUGGUUAGUCCUUUGACCUUGAUGCAAACCCGUGAACACCAUAUAUCCAUCAGGCAACGAGUAGAAGCGAGACAUUUGCCGCACUCUGACAAUCGCAUCUACCGAUCUUUUCCCCUCCUUUCUGGGAGAAUUGUGCCAUACCCUGAAGUUGGUGGUAUUUGCCUUGCCGGCAUUUUAUGUUUGAGCUGACAAGACCGUGCUUGCUGGCUUAUAGAUUUUGGUCAUUAAAUUAUCAUUUGUCGACUUUUUAUGACAUAUUUACAUUUGUUUUGCUCUGGCGAUGCCCGUUAUAGACUUCUAAUUUCAGCUAUCUUCCUCGUUAAAUUUAGCAUGAUUUUCUCUUGA